AUGGAGAAACACUUGAAACAGAAGGGUUCCAGUGCUAGCACGAGAACACGGACAAGGUCUCGAUCUGGCUCUAGGACCAGGGAGUUUCACUCCAUCAGAAGGCCCUCAAUGCAUCGAACCACUUCGUCCGGAUCUAUCAAGUCUUUGACGUCUGAUUUAGGCAAUGAUUCCUUGGAUGGGUCAUUCAAUGGCGAACAAGACAUAGAAGUGCCGUUUGUUAAGGCUGUCUUGGAUCACACUUUACCUACUGAGUACCUUAAACAGGAUGUCAUUGCUCUCUUACAAAGUUUGAGGAUCUCCAAGUGGCACAGACUAGUUCCUACUGAAAACGUUAUAAAAGAACUGAAACUUACUAGAAUCAGCGGAGCGUUGACUAAUUCAAUUUACAAAGUCACCUAUAAGCACUACUAUCCUUUGUUACUUAGGAUUUAUGGUCCUAAUGUUGAGUCUUUGAUAGAUAGAGAUACAGAGUUGAAGAUUCUCUUCAAGCUAGCCAAGAAUAAUAUCGGUGCCAAACUGUUAGGUUGUUUUACAAAUGGUAGAUUUGAGGAAUUUUUGAACCACUCCGUUACCCUGGUUAAAGAGCAACUCAGGGAGCCUAAGAUCAGUCGAAUGAUUGCUAGAAGAAUGAAAGAACUCCACACUGGUGUCCAAUUAGACAAGUACGAAGUGACUAGGGGCCCAACCUGUUGGUAUAUGAUUGAAAAAUGGCUUGGAAUUGUGGAGAACCUGCUGGAAGGAGUGGACGUUCAAGUUCAAAAGAGUAUUUUUAUGGUUGACAUCAAAACCUUUAGGACACAUUAUGAAAAGUACAAGAAAUGGGUGGAUGGCAUUUACAAUGGAGGACUUUCUUACCCUCCAGAACUAGUAUUUUGUCACAAUGAUACUCAAUACGGCAAUUUGUUAUUCUACAAUCCACUAGAGUCUGAAUUAUCCGAAUUGACCAUCUCGGAUACUACUGCAAGUUCUCCAGUGGAGACCCCCAAACUGUACGAUUCAGGAAGAAAUAUUUCUACUCAGUCAAUCCACUCUUUAACCAAAGACUCUACCAAGAUGGAUAAGAAACUAGUUGUUAUCGAUUUCGAAUACGCAGCAGCCAACGUUCCUGCGUAUGACAUCUCCAACCAUUUUUGUGAAUGGAUGACUGACUAUCACAAUACAACGGCCCCACAUUUAUUGGAAGUAAAGAGGUAUCCUACCAGAGAUGAGAAAUUAAACUUGAUUGCUACUUACGUCAAUUAUAAUGGAAUAGAGAAGAACAAGAGAAAAAAUUCAUUUGUUGAAGUUUCACAGGAGAACAUCAAGGAGGUUGAAUCGAAAAUUAAAAAAUUAUACAAUCAAUGUAUUUACUGGAGAGCAGCUAGCUCCGUAUUUUGGGCUCUUUGGGGAGUAGUUCAAAGUGGAGAGGAUUUCAAGAAAUACAAAUCAAGGCAGUCAACCCCUACCGAAUUAGAUAAAAGCAUUACCAAGACUACAGGAAUCGGCCCUAAUGGUGAAUUAUAUGAAAUUACUAUUGAUAAUGAACACGACGUUGGUGACGGGACGGUUAUUGAGGAAGCACCAGAAUCUAAUGAUGACUUUGAUUAUUUGCAGUAUACUUAUCAAAAAGUUGCCAUGGCUUAUGGUGAUUGGAUUCAAUUAGGACUUGUCGACCAGUCAGCUCUUGACGCAGAACAUCAAAAAAAUGUGAAGUUUCUUUCAUGUGAGUUAUUAGAAUAG